AUGUGCAUCGUGAAGAUCGCCGCGGGGCACCGGAUGCCGGAGCCUCGCCCCGACGACCGCCAGGGCGUGGUGGUCAACUGCCUAGAUGCGCCGCUGGACGUGGACAUCCCAGGCGGCGGACGCGUGGUGGUGCUCAACACGGCCAACCUGCCGCCGGUGAAGGAUGUUGGGCUGGGCUCUGACCUGGUCAGGAUCGACGGUCGUUCCAUGUGCUCGCCGGGAUUCUCCUGUGACUCGGCGUACCAGGUAACCUACAUAGUGCGCGGCGGCGGCCGCGUCCAGGUCGUAGGCAUCGACGGCACCCGUGUGCUGGAGACCCGUGCCGAGGCAGGAUGCCUCUUCAUCGUGCCCAGGUUCUUCGUCGUCUCCAAGAUCGCCGACGACACCGGCAUGGAGUGGUUCUCCAUCAUCACCACCCCAAACCCAAUCUUUAGCCACUUGGCUGGUAAGACGUCGGUGUGGAAGGCGAUAUCGCCGGCGGUGCUAGAGACGGCCUUCAACACCACUCCGGAGAUGGAGAAGUUGUUCCGCUCCAAGAGGCUCGACUCCGAGAUCUUCUUCGCUCCCAACUAAAUCAUGAACACAUCCGUCCAUCUUCGGCAUUGCAACACCUUAGAUUCUGCAUUAAGGUUGCCAAGGGCUAGUGAAAUGGAAGUUUUUUGCGUUUGAUGGAUUAUGUAAUAAUAAGCUUUAGAUGGAUUUGUCACGCUGGUUAGUUUUUAUCCUGGUUAGUUUUAUCAAACUCUUUGGGAUCACUUAAUGUUCGAUCAAUGCAAGUGCUGUAUCGAUU